AUGGGAUCCUUUCUUGGUGACCAUGCUAUCACUUCGCAAGGAACUUCUUUUCUUCAGUGGAUCCAGGCAACUGGUCUCACUUGUUGGAAUGAAUUACUUGCAUUUGGUAUUCCUAUCUUUCUUUCUGGUAGCUCUGGUACCUCACGUUCCAGUGUCAUUGAUUUAUUUCUUUCUACGUCCCCCCUUCUCAAUCCUUCUAUGCAAAUUUGUUUUGAUCUUUCUUUAGGCUCUGAUCACAAAAUGGUCAACCUCACUUUCACUCCCUAUGUUUUACCUCCCCCUCCCCCUACUAACCAUCCGCGCCUACUUUGGAAUCUUUCCAAGCUUGCUCAGCCUGACACUCUCAAGAUCUACAUUGAUACAGCUUCUGGGUCAUUGGACAAUCUGACAGAGCAGUUCAGUGCUUUCCUUUCUUCUUCUCCUCCUCCUGUAGAUUCUCUGUGCUCUGCUUUUGCUCAAGCUAUCUAUGAUGCUCUGGACACUGCUGUUGGUCGUCGUACACCACGUAUCAUGCAAAAGUACUGGUUCUGGUCAGUGGAUCUUCAAGAAGCAAUGGAUCUGAGAGAACGCAGCUACCAACACUGGCGUCAUUCUAGUGGUUUGCAGAAGGCUAUAUGCUGGAUGCGCCAUCAGGAUGCAUGUCAUGCUGUUAGGUUAUCAGUCCAGCAUCGUCGAUGUGAAACAUGGAAAGAAUUCUGCAACAAAUUGGCAACACAAGACUUUGCAAAGACCACAGCAACAAUGAAACGUAUUAAAAGCCAUCAUCAAACCAGUCCUGUCUUUGUGGAUCCGGGUGGACCUCAAGUAGCUGCUAACAAAAUGGCUGAUCAUCUUCAACAGAUUUUCUCAGGUCAAUUUCUUCCUGUACGCCGCCCUCCAGACCAGACAGUGAUGAUUUCAUCACCAAUUGCAAUUGAUGAAUCGUGUCCUUUUACUCAUCUUUCUGUAGAGAGUGCAAUUCUCAAGCUUCCUACACGCAAGGCUCCUGAUGUUGACCAUCUUCAUGCUGAAAUGCUUCACCCAAUUGUUAAGCAAGUCUCUCCUGUUCUUUGUCUUUUGUUCCAGCUUUGUUGGCAAUGGGGGAACGAGACAAAAGGUUGUGAUUUCAUUUUUACUGUGGCAAUAUUUUUGCGUGAUUUUUCCCUUUGA